CCGGUCUCGCCAACAUAAACUCCACAACUCCCUCGAACCACCUCCAACACCCAACAAUUGCCCCAUGGCUGCUCAAGGAGUUCUGGACCCAACGAAGCCCGGCCAGUACCCGGUCAUUCUCAGCGAUGCCCUACUGGGCAAACCAUCCAAGAACGCAUACGUCGGCAUCAGAUACAAUCACCGGCCAGCCCUCUCGUCAGACUCGGCACCAAAUACACUGCAUCUCAAGAAAUCCGCCAAGGACGGCUCCUUCAAUCUCGGCUUCGAAGACCAGGGCAACAAAUACCAGUACAAUGGCGUGCGAACGACUGGCGACGGCAACUAUGUCCUCAUAUUUGACCCCGCUCGCAAAGUAUUCGUGUUGCACAAGGUCGAGUCCACCUUCCACAUGAACAUCACCCGCACGCCGACAGAGACCAAUGCCGAGACGCUGCGCCAGCAGUUCCCCCACCUCGAAGUGAAGCCACCCAAUAUCGCAAAGAAGCCGAGAGGAAAAGGUGCGGAGAAGGCCGGCACAGGCAAGGCGACUACUGCUACCAAGAGCACACCCACAAAGGCCAAGGCGGGCAAAGCUCCAGGCGCCGAGACGCCAAAGCCCAAGGAGGACAGCCAGACCGAGACGGCCAAGGCGGUGGAACUCACGCUUCCCGACCUCACCGCGCAGCCGAAGCAGCCCGAGCGGUCCGCAUCCCAGUCCGAACCAGACAAGAAGGCGAAGCGGCCGGCCUUGUCGCCCGUCGAGUCCGAGGAAGAGGAGGACGAUGACGACGACGGCGGGCUGACGGUGGAGUACCCAGAAGGCGACCCGGCCGCCUUGCGCGAGUCCAGCCAGUAUCUACCCACCUUCCCGGCCUCCGUGACGAGGCGCUUCUCCGAGUUUGCCAAGGAGCGCGAGUCGGAGGAGGACGACGACUUCGACACCAGGUUAGCGGGCGGGCACGAGGUCGAGAUGCGCGAGGAGGAAGGGUAUGAGGAGGGUGACGAGUACGAAGACGGAGACGAGGAGGAAGAAGAAGAAGGAGAGGAGGAGGAGGAGGAGGGGCAACACGAGAUGCCGCCGGCCCGGCAGCCCAGCCCUCCUCGGCCCGUCAGGAGGGAGGAUAGUCCCGUUGCUGUCGAGCCGGAUCGGUACACGUUUGACGAAGGGGACGACGACGAGGAUGCAGUCGGUGACGAUGCGCUGGAGGAGGAUAUCGGAGAGCUCGAAGCGGCGCUGGCGAGGGAGUUUGAGCAGGCGCAGGAGGCCGGUCAGGAGAUCGGUCAUGACGCUGGUCACGAGAGUGAUAGCUCCGUGAGCGUAGAGGAGUAAGGGGGGAUGUUUUGUUCUUUUCCAUGGUCAUCGUUCGGACGUUCGGAGACGGGUUUUUCUCUUCCUUUCCUCAUUUCCUUAUCUCGGGUCAGGGUCUCCAAGGCGUUACUGGGUUAUAGCGCAGGUAU